GUGUUGCCACUUCAUGAAAAAUAUCAGUUUUGAUGCUAAAAUGUAUACGAGUACCAGCUCAUUUAAGAAUAAAUAGAAAUACAUUAAUAUUUCAUUGCCAUAACUUAAUAUUCUACUUUCUUUUAUAAUUGUCAAGUUGAAUUCAGUUUCAAAACUAUAUAACAUCUCUAAUAUAAAUUGUAUAAAACCAAAAAUGACAAUUAUUUUUUUAGAUAUGGCAACUUUGAAGCUUUGAACAUUAUCCUUGUCUUGGUCGAUAGAUAUUGAAACAUUAAAAUUUUUCAUUUAUAUGACGUUGUCUAAUUGAUUUAUAUUUAAAAUGGAUUCAGAAGAGGAAACCUACGAUGAUGUUGAUUCGGGCAAUGAGUCGAGUGGAGAUGAUGUUGAUUUUGCUAUGGAAGUCGAAGUAACUGGGCAUAGAGAAAUGCAAACAGAUUCAGAUGAUUACCCUUUUGAAGUACUAAGUACCGAGGAAAUAGUUCAACACAUGGUAGACUCAAUAAAGGAUGUAAAUUCUGUAGUGGAGAUACCUGCAACUACAACACGUAUUCUUUUAAAUCAUUUUCGAUGGGACAAAGAAAAACUUAUGGAAAGGUUCUAUGAUGGAGAUCAGGAUCAAUUAUUUUCAGAAGCUAGGGUCAUUAAUCCUUUUAAGGAAUUGAAUAUUAGUUAUAGGGCAAAGCCGCAAAAGAAAUCUAAUAAUGGAACAGAAGACUGUGAAAUAUGUUAUACUGUCCUCCCCUCAUCACAUAUGACAGGGCUAGAAUGCGGCCAUAGGUUUUGCAUUCAUUGUUGGUGUGAAUAUUUAACGACAAAGAUAAUGGAGGAAGGUGUGGGUCAAACAAUUGCCUGUGCGGCUCAUGGUUGUGACAUUUUAGUUGAUGAUGCUAGUGUUAUGCGAUUAGUUAGAGACUCUAAAGUUAGGCUAAAAUAUCAACAUCUUAUAACAAAUAGUUUUGUUGAGUGCAAUCGCUUACUGAGAUGGUGUCCUUCGCCAGACUGUAGUAAUGCAAUUAAAGUUCAGUACGUGGAGUCUCACAAAGUAACAUGUAAAUGUAGCCAUACAUUCUGCUUUGCGUGUGGGGAAAACUGGCAUGAUCCUGUUAAAUGCCACCUGUUAAAAAAAUGGAUAAAAAAAUGUGACGACGAUUCGGAAACUAGUAAUUGGAUAGCUGCUAACACCAAAGAAUGCCCUAGGUGUAAUGUUACAAUAGAAAAAGAUGGAGGGUGUAAUCAUAUGGUUUGCAAAAAUCAAAACUGCAAAGCAGAUUUUUGUUGGGUAUGUUUAGGUCCAUGGGAGCCUCAUGGUAGUUCUUGGUAUAAUUGUAAUAGGUAUGACGAAGAUGAAGCUAAAGCAGCAAGAGAUGCGCAGGAAAAAUCUAGAUCAGCUCUUCAACGCUACCUAUUUUAUUGCAACAGAUAUAUGAAUCAUAUGGCUUCAUUGAAGUUUGAGCACAAACUGUAUGCAUCCGUUAAAGAAAAAAUGGAAGAAAUGCAACAACAUAAUAUGAGUUGGAUAGAGGUGCAAUUCUUGAAAAAAGCUGUAGAUAUAUUGUGUCAGUGUAGACAAACAUUGAUGUAUACUUAUGUGUUUGCUUAUUAUUUGCAAAAGAAUAACCAGUCUGUGAUUUUUGAAGAUAACCAAAAAGACCUCGAGAGUGCUACCGAGACAUUGUCGGAGUAUUUGGAGAGGGAAAUUACGUCUGAAAAUCUUGCCGAUAUUAAACAAAAAGUUCAAGACAAAUACAGGUAUUGCGAUAGUCGUAGAAAAGUUUUAUUAGAACAUGUUCACGAAGGCUACGAAAAAGAGUGGUGGGACUACAAUGAAUAAAAAUGUACAGAGCAUCCGUUCCUCCGUAACUAGUAUUUUAGUAUUGAUAGAUCUUAAUACUUAGUUACCGCAUGAACAGAAGAAGAAUCGUGGAAUUUUAUUUUACAGUGUGUUAUUAGUUUUAUAUUAAUUCUCAGUUUUUUAUUUAUUUUUUUAAAUUUUUCUUUUUGAAUAUUUACCUUUGGGAACAUUAAAUAUAUCUCAGUAGUAAUCCAUAUUUUGGAACAUAACUGAAUCAUAUUUUUCUUUAUAUUUUUUGGCUUGUUUGACACUUUAUACUUUUCACUGACAGUGUAAAUAAUUUAUAUGUAUAUUUGUACAUAAUUGAAAAUCUAUUUUUAUUUUAAACGGGUAAUUUCAGCAACCAUGUUUUUGGAUCCAUUAAAAAUCAUUUAAUUUUUAACCUUUGACAUGGUUUUUGAAAUUUUUUGGUAGAGUGGAAAAAUGAAAAGUAUUAAAUUUGUAUAUAUUAAAUUCUAUCAUGGUUUUGAAUGAAACUUUAUUUGUAGACACAAUGUAAUUACUGCUUUAAAUUCAAAUAAAUUAUAAAACUGAUUUUCACAAUUAAAUUUUCAAAGAAACAAAGGAAAAGUUGGUCGUAAUUAUCAAUUGAAAUGUCUAUGUUUUAUUACUACUGUGUUUAUACUAUUUUUUUCUAAUUUAUUAUUUAUACAUUCUACUAUAUUGUUUUGGUUAUAUUGUUAAAAAUGGAAAUUUUCUAAUAUAACAAAGUUGAAUUUUA